AUGGACCGAUCAAAGCCUCAAGCGUUCUUGUCAAGCUAUGCGCCGCGACUCCGCGCUUACAACAAUUCGCUCCUCACUCCCGUCUUACCCAGCAGUGUGCCCACUGGCCCAGUCUCGCGGACUACGAAGCGAGGGACCACCAUCAUAAACUAUGCUGAAGAUGGGUACGACGACUUGGAAGACGAUAGUGACGAUCCUCGAAGACGACCGACAGGCCUGCGGAGUUUGCGCAAGGAGGAUUCGAUUAGUAGACAGGACCUUGUAGACAAGGUUGGCAAAGAUACAAAAGAACCUGUCGAGGUGCAAGGUAUCUGGCGCGAGUGGAUAGUGAAGCAUAAGCUACUCCGAAGCGAUCAGCAGAAUGCCAUUCAAUCAACCUUACCUUUGACACUCAUCCCGAUCCGAAUCGACCUGGACGUUCCUGCAUUCAUCCCUCCGGCCCCGUACCCAACGCCGAACCCUAAUACGGUGGACACCUCGCUUCCUCAGUAUCGCCAACAGGAGGCCACAGUGCCUUACAAGCUUCGAGACAUCUUCUGCUGGAACCUUCACGAAACCCUCAUCUCAACUGACCAGUUUGCCCAGACUCUGGUGCAGGAUCUUGAUCUCCCGAACCGACAAGCAGCCAUCGCGGAAAUCAGCAAACAAAUCCGGACACAGCUCGAGGAAUACUCAGGUGUUGCCCUCCAUCCGUUGUUCCAUAGCGACCAGCAGGCCCCCUUGGUGCCACAGCCCGCGACGGCCGCACAAACGCCACGACCAAGUUUUGCGUUCAAGUCUCGGGACGACUCUCCUGCCUCCGCUAUCCGGGGCGCUUCCCGGCCUGACACGCCGGCGCAGACAGGAGGCGUGGCCACGCCUGCGCAAUCCCAAGUCCCGGAUGUCACCGCAGAGGCAAUGCCAAUUCUUCCCGAUUCCGACGACUACAACCCUGACGAUACAUAUCGGUGCAUCAUCAACCUGAACCUGAACCUGGCGUCAAUGCUCUACACUGACAAAUUUGAAUGGUCCUUGUUACAUCCACCUGGCACUGCUGAGGCUUUUGCCAAGGUCACUUGUACGGACCUUGGAUUGACAGGAGAGUGGAUCCCGGCAAUGACCCAUGCUAUCUACGAGGCUGUGCUGCGGCUGAAGAAGGAAGCGUGUGAGGCUGGUGGUCUUGUUGCUGGAUGGGGUGGACUGCAGCAGGAGUUGCCCAACGACGCUGCUCACGGCUCAGAGGCUGGCUGGAGAUACGACCCGGAGCAUCUCGGAGAUGACUGGGAGCCCAAGGUCGAAUUCCUCAGCAAGGAGGAGAUAGAGAAGAGGGAGGGUGACCGAGAACGUGAAGUUCGUCGAUUACGCCGUGAGACGGCACGGUUCAGCUCUACGACUGGUAUGCUUGGAGGCACGCCAUUUGGUGCACCGAUGGAAGUCGAGGAGGAGAGAAUGGGACGAGGCGAAAGAUCCAAGAAGAAGCGACGCUUCCGAAGCUUGAGUCCGCUUGGACGAGGUGGUACACCCGGCGGUCGAGGCACACCAGAUGUUGGUGGAUAUGGAGGCGGCGGUGCUCUGACGGACCAAGAGAGAUUCCAAUGGCGGUGCAUGCACUGCAGAAUAUGGGGCACAAGUGUGUGGGCUGUAAGAGACGGGCCAGCAGGACCGAGAACCCUAUGUGCCAACUGUGGCUACCUCUACGAACGGGAUCAGAAACUGCCUCGCCAGAGUAAAAACCUUCAUCUAGCAGAUAUUCGUGGAGCUUAG